AAGUUUUGAAAAGUGAAACUCUAUAUUUGAAGUUUCACUCUUCAAAACUUCAAAUUUGAAGUUUUUAAGUUUCUUUUUGGAGAGCAAAAAACUCUAUAUUUAGAAUUAUAGAGUUUGUUUUGGAGAUGCUCUAACACAGCAGAUAACAUAUAAUCCGUAAUUCUUAAUCAGAAUCACAUAUUUAAAUAGAUUUCCUUUUUGCCAACUAAAUGAAAAGGAAAAUAAUAGAUUCAAACAAAUAAAGGAAAAUAUAUUUAGAAACGCGUUUCCUUUUCUAGAAGAUGUAAUGCAGAACCUAUAAAUAUAUAUCUCAACUUCUCCUUGCUUUCUUCUAUAUUCUCAGACUUUCACAAGCCCUACACAAAUAGACUCUUCUAUAUAUAUUUUUCUUCGUUCUCUGCUUUCUUGUUUCCAUAAGGUAAAGAAGAUGUGUCCGUUGAGGUUCGUAAUAGUGUUCUUCUCAGUAGUACUCGCUGGAUAUUUCACUUGGAAGACGGUGGAUUCUUCUCCAGAGCUUGACUCACCAGUGGAACCCAAGGAGAAAGAUGAUAAACAAGGACUCGGUUUCAAGAGGAAGAUGUAUAAUGGAUUCUGGAUGUUUGUUGAUAUGGCUAGCGGAAGGUACCUUUGGAGAAAUCUCAAGGCGAUAUGAGUCAAUGAACAAGAUAGAAAGCCAACGCUUUGUUUGGCCUUUUGAUGCACACAGUAAUAAUAAUAGCUCUUUAUUUUCUCGUAUCCCAUAAAUUUUGUAAUCUAACUAGUUGAAGAACAAUUCUUUGUAAUUUUCUAUAUCCUCAAUCGUAUUAUUUUAACUCA